GUUGUUCUUGGUCAAAAAUUUAGCAAACUUCCCUAACAUAGAAGGGACGCGAACGUCAGGACGGCAACACUGCGUGCCCUCUGGUUCAGUUUGGAGAGUUUGGCGCACUUUACCUUGCCACGUGUUGCAGUAUUGCUGACAGCGAUUGAAUUCCGUGAAAUGCCUCGGAAAGGUAUCCGUAAAGCAAACUUCGCGUCGCCGGCGGAAGACAUACGGCCUUCGAGGACGCUCGGUGAGCCCAAAUCCCGUCCUUCCGAAUACCCGUCAGAAUGGUUCGCGGCACAUCCGGGAUCGAAGCCAAUCGCUCGCAUAAAGCGCUGCUUCGCUUCCGAAGAAGAUCUCGCGAGAGCUGUGUCUGCGGGCCUGGCUGCCGGCCGCCUGCCCGUCGAGUACGUCGUCCAGUUCAUGCACACGGAAGGAGCAAAGAUCAAGGAUACCCUAACGGAAGAUUGGAAGUCGUUCGGUGUGACCAUCGGCUCCGCUGGUGAAACGAUAUCGCCGUGGGACCUUUUGACUAUCACCGAAGAGUUGGGACAGGGCGACCUCGACAGCGCAGAAACACCGGCCACGCCUAACGAUGAUCGAAUGCCCGACCGCACUCGCCUCUUCGCUCUCGUGGUGUGCAUCUACCGCCUUCUCGUAGCCAAGUGCCACGGGGGAAGGCGAGACUACAUGAAGCGCUUGCACGACGUCAACCUACAACGGAUCUUGGGGAGGUUUGACUGCAGUGGUCGGUAUUUGGAAUCCGCUGAGAAGAAAUUCGGCCACUGGAUUAGAGACACAUCCUACCUGUCGUUAAUCGCUGCCUUGGAUAUGUUCUUGCACCGCUUUCGUCGUCACGAUAUGGCCAUCCUGACAGCCGGAACACACGUAUCGAGAUACAAGCACUGUACCGUCCUCGACGAUAUCACGCGUCUGUGCAAGGCGACCGACCUGCAACCAACCGAGCUCUUCCAGUGGGUUUUUGUUAAACGGGCUGCGGACGAACUUGACGUGAUCCUCCGAAAAGGUCAGGAGCUGUACGUCGAACAUUCUUACGCGCCCUACCUCAGCGACCUGGGCCUGUGUCGGCGAUCGCCGUACUCUGCCACCGCGAACCCCUUGAUUCACUACUGGUGCAACGCUACAGCUGCACUGAUGGGCUCACCGAUAGCUGCGAAGUCGAGAAUUGCGCGUGACGUUGACUUCUCAGGUGUGACCGUCAUUGCUAUGGUACUCGCUUACGCGAAGAUGCAAUGCUGCUGCACAGCGGUGUUUUUUCCAGGCGCAGCUGAGUUUAUGGAUAAGGUGAUAGCCGAAGAAGGUACCCCCAGUGACCUUGGGCAAAUGCCCAAAGUGUUUGAGGCUGCACGAUGGUACCAGUACCUCUCAGAGAAGUCGUUCAUUAUUGACCCAGAAAUUUCCAGGCACUGCCUCUCUAGGCUUCGAACCGAUACGCGCGAUAUCUCUGUGGGAACCAAAUUGGCUGAGCUUCUUUCAAAGUGAUAUCAAAGCGACGUUUGCUUUCUUCAAGGACACGUGCCAAGCCGAUUUGAUGUCGAGAAACACUUUCAAGGUACCCCGGUGCUGGGUAUCUGCUAUUUGGUUCCGGCUAUAAUAAAAGGUUAUAAACCA